AUGGACGAUACGAUCAAAUCUGCCGAGCCUUCGCGGGAAAAGGCCUACGAUGAAAAGGCUAUGGWUAGUCAUUCCGUUCACUCGGACAGUGAUGUCGAGAAGCAAUCUGUGCAAGCUGGCGAGACGGUGCAGCUUCAACGAAGAUUACUGUCCCGUCACCUGCAAAUGAUUGCGAUUKGAGGAACGAUUGGAACGGGUCUGUUCAUUGGAUCCGGAGGUGCAAUUGCGACUGCUGGUCCAGUGGGUGCUCUUAUUGCCUACAUGUUUGUGGGAACUCUGGUAUACUCCGUCAUGGUUGCUCUGGGAGAAAUGGCAACAUACAUCCCCAUCUCGGGAGCCUUCACCGUCUACGCCGCCCGCUUCGUCGACCCCAGUCUGGGAUUCGCCAUGGGGUGGAUCUACUGGUUCUCCUGGGCAAUCACUUUUGCAUUGGAACUCACAGCAAGCGGUCUCAUCAUCCAAUACUGGGCCCCAAACCUCAACAUUGGAAUCUUCGUCGGCGUCUUCUGGGUCGUCAUGACCGGCCUCAAUUUCCUCCCGGUCUCCUUCUACGGCGAAAUCGAAUUCUGGUUCGCAAGCAUCAAGGUCAUCACAGUCUUGGGAUUCCUCAUCUUCGCCAUUUGCAUCGACGCCGGAGCCGGACAAAACGGCUACCUAGGUUUCGAGACGUGGUCCAACCCCGGCGCUUUCGCCCCCUAUCUCGUCGAAGACAACCCAGCCCUCGCCAAAUUCGUAGGUUUCUGGGCCGUGAUGAUCCAAGCCGGAUUCUCCUACCAAGGAACCGAACUCGUCGGUAUCGCAGCCGGUGAGACUUCCAACCCCCGCAAGACGGUCCCAGCAGCCAUCAAAAAGACCUUUUACCGCAUCCUCUUCUUCUUCGUCUUCACCGUCUUCUUCCUGGGUCUCCUGGUCCCCUACGACAACGAACAACUCCUCUCAAGCAACACCGACGCCUCCGCUUCCCCCUUGGUCAUAGCCGCCAAACUCGCCGGCGUCAAAGWCCUCCCAGGAAUCAUCAACGCAGUUCUCCUCUGCGUAGUCCUCAGCGCCGCAAACUCCAACGUCUACUGCGGUUCCCGCGUCCUCGUAGGUCUCGCACAAUCCUCCUCUGCUCCGAAAUUCUUCCUAAAAACCACCACUUCCGGCGUACCAUAUAUCGCCGUCUCCUUCACCGCGGCAUUCGGACUCUUGGGUUUCCUCAACGAAGACGCAAACGGCGGCACAGUUUUCGAAUGGUUACUAAACAUCACCGCCGUAGCGGGUUUCAUCUCCUGGACAUGCAUCAACAUCGCACACAUAGCUUUCAUGCGCGCCCUUGCCGCUAGGGGACAAUCCAGAGAUACAUUACCCUACAAAGCCUUCUGGCAGCCUUGGUUUUCCUGGUAUGGAUUGGUAUUCAACAGUCUAAUCAUUUUAACGAAUGGUUUCACGGCUUUUAUGCCUUGGAAUGUCAGCGAGUUUUUCGUCGCGUAUGUUAGUUUGAUUAUUUUCGCUGUGUUGUAUGGUGGGCAUAAAUUGGUUUAUAGGCAGCCUUUUAUUAAGCCUGCCGAGGCGGAUUUGGAUAGUGGGAGGAAGGAGGUUGAUGAUAUGCAUUUUGAUGAGGUUGUUCCUACUACGCUUUGGGGGAAAUUUUGGGCGUGGUUGGGUUGA